GAAAAUUAAGCAAUUUUUUGGUCCUGCACUACGGAAUUCGAAUUGAAUUCGGUGUAAUUCGGUCCUCGACAAUACUAAAAACUAAACAAGGUUUUAUAUGAAAAAAUAAAACGAGUCGUUUCUGAGGUCGUGGUCGUGCGUGUGCGUGCCGAGGUUUGGUUUGUCGCGUUGACUUGACUUUAAUUCAAUUCUCCCUCGUUAAUUCCCUCGCCCGGAGAAGUACGUUCCGCAGUGCAGUGCAAUUUGAGGCGCAGAACAACCCUUCGGAGGAUUUCAUUUCGAACGAGUAGAAAAACAACGUACAACAUGUCGUCGAUGGCGCUACGGCUCGCUCGCAAAUCGGCCAACCAAUUGCUACCCAAAGCAACUGGAGCCCAAACCAAGACGUUCUUCACCUACUCGAACCAAAUCUCGCAACCCCUUGAGCGGCAACCGAAGUACACCACGGCCGAGGAAGCGGUGAAAGUGAUUAAAUCAGGCGAUGUAGUGUUCGCGCAGGGUGCUGCGGCCACCCCGGUUCACCUGCUCGAUGCGAUGACGAAGCACGGUCUCGAGAACAAGCUGCGCGACAUCACCGUCACGCAUAUGCACACCGAAGGUCCGGCCUCGUACUGCAAGCCGGAGGCCAAGGAAGUCUUCCGCUCGAAAUCGCUCUUCAUGGGUGGCAACGUGCGGGCCGCCGUUGCCGAUGGCCGGGGCGAUGCCGUGCCCAUCUUUCUGCACGAAAUUCCGCUCCUCUUCCGCCGCAAGCUGAUCCAGCCGGACGUGGCCAUCGUGUCGGUUUCGCCACCGGACAACCACGGAUACUGCACACUCGGCACCAGCGUCGAUUGUGUGCGGGCGGCACUCGAAAACUCGAAAGUUAUCAUCGCCCAGAUCAACAAACAGAUGCCGCGCACCUUCGGGGACAGCAUCGUUCACGAGUCGCACUUUGACUAUGCCGUCAACGUGGACAUUCCGCUGCCCGAACACGGGGGCCACGCAAUGUCCGACGUGGAAACGAAGAUCGGCAAGCUGAUCGCGGAGAACCUGGUAGAGGACGGAGCGACCCUGCAAAUGGGCAUCGGCAACAUCCCGGAUGCGGUGUUGAACGCGCUGCACAACCACAAGGACCUCGGCAUCCACUCGGAGAUGUUUGCCGGCGGUGUGGUCGAUCUGGUGCGCAAGGGGUGCGUGACGAACGACAAGAAAACGUUCCACCGGGGCCGCAUCGUCGGUUCCUUCCUGAUCGGCACCAAGAAGCUGUACGACUUCGUCGAUAACAAUCCCUUCAUCGAAAUGCUGGAGAUCAACUACGUCAACAACGUGGGCAUCGUAGCGCGGAAUCCCAAAAUGACGGCCAUCAACUCGGCCAUCGAGGUCGACCUUACCGGGCAGGUGUGUGCCGAUUCGAUCGGCACGCGCAUGUACUCCGGUUUCGGUGGUCAGGUGGACUUUAUCCGCGGUGCGGCCGAAGGGUUCGAUGGCAAGGGUAAACCGAUCAUUGCACUGCCAUCGUCCACCAACAAGGGCGAGAGCAAGAUUGCUCCCAUUCUAAAGCCGGGUGCCGGAGUGGUCACUUCCCGUGCGCACGUGCACUAUGUUGUCACCGAGUACGGUAUUGCUAACCUCUUCGGUCGCAGCUUGCGCCAGCGUGCGUACGCUCUGAUUCAGAUCGCUCAUCCAAACCACCGGGAAACCCUCGAGAAGGCCGCCUUCGAGCGUCUGAAGACGAUGCCAUCGCCGAACUAAGAUGCCAUCUCGUCCACGUGCUCCACGCCGGGGCCAGCAAUACGACCAGUCAGUCGAUGCGAGAAACCCCACCAGUCACUCACUUCCUUGCGCCGGACCGCAGCGCGUUCUUGGAAGGUUUGUGGGGCUUCGAAAGCACGAAUUGUGCUUGGGUGCUAACAUCUGCGCCGAUUAAACCCGAACACAGAUUACCGGUGUAACACAGCACGAAAGCCACCAGUUCUGCCUCCGAAGCGGAGCCACACAUAGAAUGUAGGGAUUUAUGUUUUUGUUUUCAUUAUGGUUUUAGCUCCUGUUUUGUUUAGUUGAAUAAAAAAAAUCCU